UUUAAACUUAAUGGACCCUAACUCUUACAAAGAAGAUAGCGAGUCAUUCGUAGUAGCUCUUGAGGCCUCCAGAAAGAUACUCAGCAAAACUUUGAGAACUUUAUAUAACCAACAAGUUUUGAAAUAAAGUGCCCUUAUAUUCAUCGGUAAAAGUCUGUAUUGUGCUCGACCACAUUCUUAGAAACUCAGUGAGGAUACCCGAUACAGAAUAUAUCACAGAAUCAGACUUGGAUAUAGAAGAACCUCUUGCGCCUCCUAUGGACAGCUGAAUGCAGGACAAAUAGACUUAUUAAACCGUUUCCUGGGGGAAGAAGAACAGACAAGCAUAGUGAUAAUAAAAAGAGUGCAUACCACCGAUCAAGGACUUACCAUCGCUCUUUCUAUAAAAGCAGGAGUUCAAUAGGAGGAUCUUUCAGUGAAAUCAAUAGUGACAGUUCGAAUAUAUCCUUAAGAAAAAGGAAAGCUUCUAUCCGAAUUUCAAAUAAGUUUAUUUUCCUUGGGUUAACCCCAAAGGAACCCAUCGAAAUUCGAAUUGAUGACGAGCAGACUGAGAUUAUUCAUGAAGAUAGUCUAGAUUCUGUUUACAUAAAUAAUUUGAGAAAGAAAAUUAUCCAGAGUAAUAAAACCGAAAAUAAAGGAAAACAAGAGAAGAAAAGAAUGGGAUGGUCAAAAAUAAACUUAGACAAUGGAUCAGUUAUUUACAGGCCUAAAUAAAAAGAUCAAUUGUAACACUGAGUACUCAUUCAAUCACAAAGGAGAGCUAAUGCUAUCUAAAAGAGUUAACAUGGACAAAAUUCUAUCAGGAGCUAACAAAACGGACUUAACAGAUAACGUGAUGUCAUGUAUAAAUCCUGAGAUAAAAAUUCGCGAAGCUAAGACAAAGCCUUCAACAGAUGUCCUUGAGAACUUCAAUCGAAUAGCUUUUAAAUAUGGAAAAGCAAAAAGGAGGUCUUCUAAAAGUUUCCUAUCGAGAGCUAAAAUGGGCAGAAAAUCUAGCCAUAGCUUGUACCGCCUAAACUCUGCAUUUGACAGCAAUACCUCCCAUAUUGGCGAUAAAACAGGCUAUAGAUACAAAAACAUGGAGGUUUACCGCCAAGGGCGUAUAUUAGAGAACCAAUUCGGAGCCACAGACGAAAUCAACCUUGAAAAAGGAGUAUUCUUCAAAAAGACCAUUGUUGACAAAUCAGAAAAUGAUUUCUCUCGAGAGGAUGCGAGUGAUGCUAAAUUAUCCCCAACAUUUGGACCUAACAUUAACAAUAACAACAAAAGAAGCAGUUCCAAAGUGUUUAUUCAAGGAGAAGCAUACAUGCCAGACACUAUCAAUAAGAUGAGCUUAAAAGAAUAUAAAGAGAAAUAGCAAAACUGGCCUAAUAAACUCUCUCAUGACCAAAGAUCAAUAUUUAACUGAAGAAGAGAUUAGAGAACUUAAGAAUCUUCAAAGCAAAAAGUAUAAAUAGCUCAGUUUUGAAACUUAAUAAGGACAAAUUAGUCCGGCAAAGAGACGGGGUCGUAAUCAGAUUAUCAGAAUUAAGCACUCCAAUAACUGAUGCUGGAAAUGACACCUUCUUCACUCAAAAAAUUCUUAGUAAUCCUGCAGGAUUAAAUCAAAUAACAAAAUCAAAAUAAAAUUAUGAAGAAGAAUCAAAGAUUAAAUGCUUCAAGAAAGCAAAUUCUUGAUAUGCUUACAAAUGUGAAUAACAAUAGAAACUCAGAGAUGAGUAGAAGCAACGUUUUCAGAUUUGAGAAAUCUGACUUUGCAGCUAUCAAGAAAAGUAGUGCUACACCUUUCAAAUAAAAUUCCAGUAAAAUUGCACAAUAGGAAUAGGUUUCCUAAAAUUCAUAGAGACAUAAAAUGCUUCUCCCCUUGCCCUACAACCUCAGAAAAUAUCAUUAAAUGAAAUGUGGCAAAAAGCAGGAGUCACUCUUCCUUCACAAGGAAUAAAAAUUUUGAAAUUCACAAAACUGCUUUAAUGAAGAAAUCGAACUCCAGAAAAGGAAAUAUUAAAAACAAUCCAGACAUUAUCAAAAAUGAAGAAGCCAAGUUAGCAAUUAUCAGAGAUGAAGUCUUAAACAAAUUUCUCACUGAUUCUCAGAGGAAAAAUUUACAUUCAAGACCAAAAAUGCCUACUUCGCCUAAAUUACCUCCCAAACUGCUUAAUCCCCAAGCAAUCGCAUUUAAAGCAAGUACAAGGAACAGGUUCCAUCGGAGACUUUUCUCCGGCUAAAAAUCUAACG